AUGCAUCCCACACUUUCAACAGCAGUGCUUCUAGCAUCCCUCCUCACAUCCCCCGCCUUCUCAACAACCCCCAAACACCACCCCUCGUCCUUCCAUCCCAACGCCAUCAUAACCCGAGACGUCGCCAUCAUCGGCGGCGGCUCCUCCGGCACCCACGCCGCAAUCACCCUCAAAGACGCCAACAAAACCGUCAUCGUCGUCGAAAUCAAGAACCAGCUAGGCGGCCACACAGAAACCUACACAGACCCCGCAACCGGUCUCGCUCAAGACUACGGCGUACAAGUCUACCAUAACGAAAGCACUGUCCUCGACUACUUCGCCCGCUUCGACAUCCCCCUCGGACAACCACAAUACGCUGCCAACUCCGCAAACUACGACUUCAGCACCGGUCUCGCCGUCAAUGUUAGUGCACCGAGUGUACAAGACCUCGGCGCCGGACUGCAGAAGUACGCAGCGUUCCUGGCCCAAUACCCCAAGCUGGAAAGCGGCAUGUUCCUCCCCGACCCCGUUCCAGAAGACCUAACCAUACCGUUCGGCGACCUCGUUGCCAAGCUCGGUCUCGAAGCUCUGGUGCAGAUAAUGUUUGAUACGAACCAGGGUGUUGGGGAUAUACUCGGUGUACCCGUGGUGGAGAAUGCGCGUGUCAAUGGGUUGGGUUUGGUCCAGCAAAUGGCUGCGAAAAGUCUUGUUACCACGGCUCGCCGCAACAACAGCGAGUUGUACGGGAAAGCACAGGCUGAGCUCCUCGGUGCGGAUGGCUUGUUGCUGUCUUCCGAAGUCGUGCGUUCGGUAAGAAGGGAGCAUGGUGUGGAACUCGUUGUCAAGACACCUGAUGGCGUCAAGUUGGUGCGCGCGAAGAAACUCCUUGUUACCAUUCCACCGCGUGUGGAUCUGCUUGCGCGUCUCGAUUUGCGGAGGCAGGAACGUGAAGUCUUUGGGAAACUUAUCGAUACUGGGUAUUAUGCUGCUCUGGUCAGAAAUACGGGUACACCUGACGAUCUGGUCAUUUACAAUCGCGCGCCGGAUACACCGUACAACCUCGCUGCCCUGCCGGGUGUCUAUACCAUGGGGCCAACCGCUAUUCAGGGGGUCAAAGCGAUUUAUUAUGGUACUCAACGGUCGAAUGCGACAUACCCACUUUCUGAUGACUUUGUCAAAGGGGAGAUGAUUGCGGGUAUCAAGAGACUGCAAACAGCAAAUGCUGACAAGUUCGAGGCGACAGAGCCAGAGUUCGUGGUAUUUACAUCACAUGCGCCGUUCUACAUGCAAGCCGGUCCUGAGGAUAUACAGACUGGCAUUUAUGACGAGAUGAACGCGCUACAGGGGGUGAGGAGCACGUAUUGGAGCGGUGCGACGUUCCGAGCGCAAGAUAGCAGCGCGCUCUGGAAGUUCAAUAAGGAAGUUGUGCUUCCUAUGUUAAUGGAGGGACUCUGA